UACUUGAUCCAACAAGUGCAUAACAGAGAGAAGCAGAAACCCUCCAUAGAAAGCGAAGGAAUAAAAACUACUCACCUGCACUACCAGCAAGCAAGGAAUUACAGUACAUUUUCUUUGCAGGAUCAGAAAGCGAGAUAAGGUGAAAAGGAAGCAUUGCCCUGCAGCAGAUAAUUCCUGUUUGUUAUUUGCUAAUACUUGUGCUGCAAGUGAUGAUCAUACAGCAACCUAUGGAAUAGUCUCAAUAAACAGCAAUUAGCAUUGUAGUCAUCAUGUUGGAUUUUGCAGCCAGGCGGGGUGACAGAGUUGGUAUUCCUGCCUAUCCCCAACCCUGCACUUCUCCUCCUCCCUCUCCUGUGUAAUAAGAAGAGGCAGUAGCUUUUGACUUGCGGAGAGAGACGAGGACGCCUAAGUGCUCUAUGUGCCUGAGCUGUCUGUGUUUCUGACAGUAAAGGAUAUACAGCAGUAGGCACCAGUACACAGCUCCUAUAAGCAAAUACCUUAUCACAUCUGGAGAAUAAGGGAAAAAAGGACUUUAUUUUUGUUUUUAACUUUAGUCUGAGGAUCUGCUUCCUGAAACUACUAGAAAAUACAACUUUAUCCGCUUGGAAGUGCUCAGUUUCAUUAUUGUGCUUUUUCCUUAAUUUUACACGUUGGAGUAUUUUACAAUAGGUUCAUACUCUUCAUGGGAUUACUGAAAACCAUACACUAAGCAGGAGCUGGGAUCUGAGUCUUGGGAAUUGUAGCUCUAUUGAUUAACACUGUGUGACUCUGGCAGAGGCAGUGCUAGUUCUGUUCUCCCUGAUCAUUUGACACUAUAUCAUAUUGCGGUACAGGUAGCUCUUGGGCUUUAGUAUAUAGAAGCCCUGAGCUUUAUUAUCCAGGAAGAGGAGGAGAGGGAUAAAGAGGGAGGAGGAAAAAGCAGCGAGGAGGUGGUGAAGGAUGAUGCUUCGGUUCCUACGAAGGACCUUUGGCCGACGGUCGAUGCAGAGGCACGGGGCAAGAGCAGCAGCAGUAGCCGGUGCUCGUGGUGUUGGAGCCCGGGGGAGAGAUGAGAGGGAUGGAGGACCCGUAGUCAUGAGGUCAACAGGUGGUGGUGCUGCUGCUGGUGGGCUGUACCACCACCAGCCCAUGCUGCCAGUCCAAGUGGUCAGUGGAGGAGCCACAGUUCAUAUUCCAGCAGCAGGGGACAGCAAAUCGGUGCUGACUUGCAGGGUGCUGCUGUUGGAUGGAACAGAUGUGAGUGUGGACUUGCCGAAACAUGCCAAAGGACAGGAUUUAUUUGACCAGAUUGUGUACCAUUUGGACUUAGUGGAAACUGAUUAUUUUGGCCUGCAGUUCAUGGAUGCUUCCCAAGUGUCGCACUGGAUGGACCAUACAAAACCCAUCAAGAAACAAAUAAAAAUUGGACCUCCCUAUACUUUGCACUUUCGAAUAAAGUAUUAUUCAUCUGAACCAAACAACCUUCAUGAAGAGUUUACAAGGUACCUAUUUGUAUUACAGCUCAGACAAGAUAUUCUUUCGGGAAAAUUGAAAUGCCCUUAUGAGACUGCGGUGGAAUUGGCAGCUUUGUGUUUACAAGCUGAACUUGGAGAAUGUGAGCAUUCUGAGCACACGCCAGAGCUAGUGUCCGAAUUCCGUUUCAUUCCAAACCAGACAGAAACCAUUGAAUUGGACAUUUUUCAGAAGUGGGCUGAAUGCAGGGGUAAAACACCGGCACAGGCUGAGCUCUGCUACCUGAAUAAAGCCAAGUGGUUAGAAAUGUAUGGAGUGGAUAUGCACUUGGUCAAGGGGAAAGAUGGCUGCGAUUAUGCUCUUGGAUUAACACCAACAGGCAUUUUAAUCUUUGAAGGCUCCAACAAAAUUGGUUUAUUUUUUUGGCCUAAAAUUACCAAAAUGGACUUCAAGAAAAGCAAAUUAACACUUGUUGUGGUAGAAGAUGAUGAUCAGGGUAGAGAACAGGAGCAUACUUUUGUUUUCCGUCUGGAUAACUCCAAGUCCUGUAAACACUUAUGGAAAUGUGCAGUGGAGAAUCAUGCUUUUUUCAGACUUCGAACGCCAGCGAAUAACAAACCAAGUAGAUCAGAAUUCAUAAGACUGGGAUCGAGAUUCAGAUUCAGUGGCCGUACUGAAUACCAAGCAACUCAUGCUGGAAGAUUGCGAAGAACCAGCACCUUCGAAAGACGGCCCAGCAAACGAUAUCCAUCAAGAAGGCAUUCAACAUUUAAAGCUAACAACGCCAUGAAAGCUCCUCCACUCAGUGCUAAAAAUAAUCCUGACAUACAGAACUAUCCGCCUCAAUACCAUACAAAUUUACAACAGAAUCAGCAACACUGGCACCCUCACACAUCUCCAAAUAUAAGGCCAUCUUCCCACGAUGACAGGUCAUAUUGGAAACCAAUUCCCAGUGGAGAUAAUAGGAAUACAAGAUACAUCCAAGAUCAGAACCAGAAGAAUAUGGGAGUGAUUCAAAGUGUGAUCUACCAAGAUAAACUCAUGACAACUCUUUGAGACUCACAGACUGUCAUACCAAAUAUUCAUUGCAUUCCAUGAACUCAUCUGGUCUGUCUGUCAUUUGAAUUCAAUUUUUUUUUUGUUUGAGCAUACAAAUCUUUACAGUGACGGUAUGGUAACUGACUUUUUGUCAUUUUAAAUCACCCUGUGUCUCCAGCUUCUCACAUGGAUAACACAUCUAUUAUAUUGACCAAAACAAAUAAUAUACUCUUCCAUGUUUACUGUUCUUUUAAAGAAGAAGUUAAUAAUAGGUAUCUGUAGUAGAAAUUGUUAGACUGGUAAUAGGCAAGCUCAGAAAUCCCUAGAGAGUCUAACAGUGCCUACAUGUAUCACAGUGAAUAGCACUUACUGCUUUUCAACAUUAAAAUUAAAUUGAGUAGUGCGCCAGUUAUUUUGCUGCUUAAUGUUGUAGAGAGAUGGUCUGUAGCCAUCUUAUGCUGGUCCUUAACCAUGAAGUGAAUAUGAUAGAAAGCAAAAUUACCAUCCAAGUAAUUGCUAUAGGAGCAGUGUUUUUGUUUUUAUGAUGGUGUUUUAACAACCGUAUAACACUAAUGCAAAGACUCACGUUAAAGUGAAAUGUAAAAUGUAUCCGCGGGUAUUCUACAUCUAUGCACAGGAGAGGAAAAUAUUACUGCAGAUUACUAGUCUGGGGAGAAAAGGUUAUUAGUCCAGAGGGAAGUAGUUAAAUCUAUUCAGUGUUAAAGAUGGGGGGAAAAAAUGAUAUUUAAAUAACAUUGGCAGAAAUAAACCUUGUUUGUCCAGGACUAGUAAAACAUUGCAGUGGUUUCUUACAAGUAAGAAAUGAUUAUUUUUUUAAGUUUAAAAGGACAUUAAAUACUUUAAGAUUAUAAUACAAAAUAUUUAAAUUUGUGUACUAAAACAACUUUGCUAUAUACUUUAUUUUUGACCCAAUAUCCUGUCAUUUAACCGAGCAUUGUGGACUUUCCAAUUGCCAUGAGUUUAUAUAAAGAAAGGGGUCCACCAUGUUGAAACCUUGGUUUCCCUUUAUUGAAUCCCUUCUGCUGGGGACCAUUAGGGACAAAUUAAGCAUGCAUUUAAAAUCUGUGUGGAAUGUAGGUGUGUUAAAAUCAUUUUAAAUGCUGUUAAAUAGUUACUUUAACAUUAUUCAUAGCCAUUGUUUUCACAUUUUGUGUCCAUAAUGAUCCUCAAAAGAGAUUAGAUAAGGAAAAUGAAAGGUUUCAAGAUGGCGGAACCCAUUACUUACUAUAAAAAUAAGUACUUUGUAGAAAAUAAAACUUAACACUUAUUUAUUCAGUACUAAAAGAGUUACAAAACCCCAUUUUUUAUUUCAUGAUUUGGAUAGAGCAUGGGAUUUAAACAACUUUCUAAUUUACUUCUAUUAUCAAUUUUGUCUUUGUUCUAUUGGUGUCUGUUGUUGAAAAGCAGGGACAUGAUUAGGAGCUGGCCCAUUUUUUGGGCACUAUAUGGCAGCAAUUUUGCAAGAAUAUUAUCCAUUUGCAAGAGCACUAGAUGACAGCACUAUUUCCUGUCAUGUAGUGCUCAAGAUGCCUACCUAGGUAUCUCUUCAACACAGAAUAUCAUGGGAACGACGCAAAUUUAACAAUAGAGCAUUCCAUUCGAAAAAAGGUUUCCAGUUUACUCCUAUCUAAAUCACAAAAGAAAUCCUGCAUAAUCCUUUAAGCAUCUGAUCUAAUUUAAAAAAUAUAUCAACAUAGUAUUCUUGGUCUAAUCUUUACUUUCGAUAAAUCAUUAUAUGCAGCAUUUAUUUAUAGUUUAAAGGGACAGUCUAGUAUAAAUUAAACUUUCAUUAUUCAGAUAGGACUUUUAAUUUUAAUCAACUUUCCCAUUUACUUUUAUCAUCAAAUUUGCUUUUUUCUCUUGGUAUUCUUAGUUUAAACUAAACCUAGACAGACUCAUAUGCUAAUUUCUAAGCCUUUGAGGGCUUCCUCUUAUCACAGGCUUUUUAAAUCUCUUUUCAGCACAAAGAGACAGAAAGUACACGUGGGCCAUAUAGAUAACACUGUGUUCAGGCACAGGGGGUUAUUUAAGAUUUAGCACAAAACAAUGCUACAUUUAAGACAAUAGAUAAUAAACAGUCACAGUCAUGUGAUCAGGGGGCUGGAAGAAGGUUCCUAGAUACAAGGUAAUCACAGAGGUAAAAAUUAUAUUAAUAUAACUGUGUUGGUUAUGCAAAACUGGGGAAUGGGUAAUAACAAUUCUAUGGUAGGCUGUCCCUUUAAUGUACCUUUUAGCACUAAAUGACUAGAAACUACUUAGACUUAAAAAAAAAAAAAAAGUAAUAAAAUAUUUUUUUCUGUUUUUAUAAAUUAUUAUUUAGUGUGGAAUGCCCUUAGAUACAUUUUCCAUUUCACUAAAAUAUCCCUUUAGUGCUAUUCUUUACCAAAAGCACCAGGUCACAUGGGCCCUUCAGGGAUUUUGUGUUUAUUUAAACCAUUUAGGAAAGUUAUUUUUAUAAAAGCCAAAACCACAUCACCAAUAUUUGUGUGAUGGUCUCAUAUGAGAUUUGUGAUUGGUAGUUGCACUGUCUUUUUUCAGACUCUAUAGAUAAAAAGAUUUUUUUAUUUUUUUUAAUUUAAAAAAAGGGAUAUUUUUCUUAUAAAAAAUGAUUGUAUAUUAGUAAUGUUAAAUUUGAAACACUUGAAUUUUUUUUUAAUUAAUAUUAUUAAUUUUGCAUAGAAGCUUGUUAAACUGAAUUAAGUAGUCCCUGCUGCUCGGACAACAGGAAUGUUACCAAUGGUGCCUUAAAGAAUUUAGAUUUUAGAAUAAUUAAGUAAUGCUAAAAUAAUCCAAUUUGUUGGUAGAUCCCAGGAUUUUGUCUUUUCUCAAAUGCUUUACCUAGUUGUUAAAGGGAUACUAAAUCCAAUUUUUUUUUUCAUAAUUCAGAUACCACAUGCAAUUUUAAGAAACUUUCUAAUUUACUCCUAUUAUCAAUUUUUCUUUGUUCUCUUGGUAUCUUUAUUUGAAAAAGCAGGAAUGAAAGUUUAGGACUAGGGAUGAGCGAAUGUGUAAAUUUUCGAAUUUGAAUGUUAGAAUUUUUAAGAUUAUUCGUUCUUAUCAACAUUCAAAUUUGUAAACCGAAUUUCGAAAGUAACAUUCGUUCUAUUUUCGAAUGUUAUUUACAGUUUUUGAAUGUGACUUUCGUUUUCAAAUGUGACUUUCGUUUUCGAAUGUGACUUUGUUUUUGAAUGUGACUUUUGUUUUUGAAUGUGUAUAUUCGUUUUCGAAUGUGUAUAUUCGAUUUCAAAUGUGUAUAUUCAAUUUCGAAUGUGUAUAUUCGAUUUCGAAUGUCAAUUUCAAUUUUGAAUGUCACUUUCGAUUUCGAAUGUAAAUAAAAGAUUGAAUAUACACAUUCAAAAUCAAAAUGGAUUGCAUUAUUUUGAAUAUAACAUCUUCUAGAAAAAACAUUUUUGCUGGGAAAAAAAAUCAACUAAUAUUAGACAGGUUGGUUGGUGCUUGGUGAGUGAUUUAUUAGUCUACUAGCUAGGUCAAAUCUGUGCUGUUCCUUUGUUUGAAUUUGUUUUUUGUUGUUUUUUUUUUCAACACAGCAAGCAGCAAUUUUAGUAGAACAAACAGGCAGCAAACUUUGAGGAGUAAUAUUUUUUUUAUUGUUAGUUCAACUUUAAAAAAAAAUAUUUUCCUGUUGGUGGUAUCUCCCCUGAUGGGCAAGAUAGGAGGAGUGCAUCAGCUGCUGCUGUUGAUGUUGUUGCGGGUGUUAGUGAUGAGGCUGCUUUUUAAUCCUCUGUUAAAGAAGGAAAUGGAUCGCAUACCGCUAGUGAUCCAAGUACUUCUUUGGCUGCAGGAUUUGAAGGGCACUCAUUCCUUACAGAUAUGGACCUGCAGGAUAUGUUGUCUCCUACUGUUAGUGCGAGUCAUUCUGCAGCAAGUCAAGGCAAGGGUUUUACAACCUUUGAUAUUGACUUAAGUGGGGAAGACUCAAGUACCAGGUUUGAUGAGUCCGGGGAGAAGUUAAAGUGCCAGUAAACCUAAAAAAUAAUGUUAUGUAAUUCUGCACAGAGGGCGGGUCUGGAAAACCCUCUUUUUUUUUUUUUUUUAUAUAAAAGUUCACCGGAUAUAUUAUGUUCUAUAAAGCUAGCACUCAUAUAAUGUUAUAUAAUUCUGCACUAUGUGCAGAAUUAUAUUACAUUAUUUUUAAGGUUUACUGGCACUUUAAGUUCCACGCGAACUUCUCCUGUGGCGGCGGAUCUCAUCCACCAUUCGGUGACUUUGGGACUUGAUGCUUCUGUGCAUGAUGUGUCAGCUGACACAUCAGAUGUAAUGGGGUCAGAAGUAAUUGUGGUACCUGAGUGUGGUGGUAAUUCCCAGCACUCUGGUGUUGCUGUGCCUGUGGAGUCAGGGGUCCACUGCACAGCAACUCCAAGUGUUACAGGUACUACAGUUACUUCAGACCACACCGCUAUUUCCAUAUCUGCCCCUACCUUACCCUCUUUUGAUGCACCGGUGGCUCUCACCGUGCCUGCUGAGUCACAACGCAGGCAUGACGCUGGAGUUGUUAAAUCCAGACUCAGGUCGUGGAUAUGGGAUCAUUUUUCUAUCCCUGACGGCUCAAGUGUAAAUGAAGCACUGCAGGUGCAGUGUAUUCAUUGUGAGAGGAGCAUCAAGAGGGGGAAAGGAGGGAGAUUGGGCACUACUGCCCUUACGCAGCACCUCUCCACUGUGCACAAGGAGAUAGAGAGGCCAUGUCCUAAAAGAGAAUGUGCAACUGCUGGUGCUGACAUUGGAGAAGGAGCGAGCUUCCAGGUGGUUAGAACCCCUCCUCCAGUUUUAUAUAGAUUUCGAAUAUAAUAUAAUGCAAAGCCAAACAUUCUAUUAUUAGAGCAAAUAUUUUCGAAUGUAAUCGAAAAAUUUGAAAAUGAACAUUCGAAAAUUGAAUGUUAGAAUGUUAGGUAAAUUCGAUUUGAAUGAACAAAUGUAUAAAAAUGUGUUUUAAAAUUCGAAUGUUUAGAAACAUUCGCCCAUCCCUAUUUAGGACCUAGCCCAUUUUUGGUUCAGAACCCUGGAUAGCGCUUGCAGAUUGAGUAAAUUAGAAAGUUGCUUAAAAUUGCAUGCUCUAUCUGAAUCAUGAAAUAAAAAAAAUUGGGUUUAGUGUCCCUUCAAAUCUGUGGUUUAAUAUCAUCUGGGAUUUCAUGAGUAACUGGAUAUUAUUGUAUUUUGUAUUUUCUUUGAUUAGUGCCAUUUCUGUAUAUAUGCAGUAAGCGUUCAUAAAGCAGUAACUGUGCUGACAAAGUAUGUUCAAAUAAGAGGUAUCUUCCUAUUUGAUACAUUGUAAUAUUUAAAUUGAUUUUAACACGUGGUUCAUUUAACAAGAGCAAGAUUUUGGAUAAAUACAAAAUGCUUGCUGAUUUUUUUUUUUCCAUGGCACCAUUUUUAUGAAUCCUUUUUCUUUUUGCCCUUGAUAAAUAUCUACCAUGUGGUUUAGCAAUGAUAUAGUUUAUAUAUAUUUCUCCAACAUAGGUGUGUCCGGUCCACGGCGUCAUCCUUACUUGUGGGAUAUUCUCUUCCCCAACAGG